AAAUAAAAUAAGGCGAACCUCCUGAAUGUCUCAUGCUCCAACUACCCCUUCGCGUACCAAACUUUCUCUCCACAAAUGAUUCUCUUCCCAGUUCCCUCCGGCCAUUUCUCUCUCUCUCUCUCUGUCUCUCUCGCAACACUGUCUUCUUAUCUUCUUCCAAGAAAGCAAAAAUCAUGGGCGGGGAGAGCAUAGAAGAAGGACUAGUUAUAACCAGGCCUCUGCUAGUUACUUCCAGUGAAAAUGGUAAUUCAAUUUCCAGUGGCAGCAACGCCGGCGGCGGUAGUGGCGGUGCCUCCUCCUCCGUCACUCUUGCCGUCGUCUUCAGCACCACGAUGGCCGUCUGCGGCUCCCUCACCCUCGGUUACGCUUCUGGAUAUACAUCACCUGCCGAGUCAGGAAUCAGAGAUGAUCUGCACCUUUCUGUUGCGGAGUAUUCGCUUUUUGGUUCAAUAUUGACAAUUGGAGGUGUGCUCGGUGCGGUUUUGAGUGGGAAGAUAGCAGAUCUCUUGGGUCGAAGAGGUACACUCUGGUUUUCGGAAAUAUUCUGCAUUGCCGGGUGGCUAGCAAUGGCAUUGUCAAAGGGUCUUUGGCUGCUCGACCUUGGAAGAUGUUUAUUGGGAUUUGGAGUUGGAAUUAUUUCCUACACGGUGCCUGUAUAUAUUGCAGAAAUAACACCCAAGAAUAUUCGGGGAAGAUUUGCGUCAGCCAAUCAGUUGUUGGUUUGUAUCGGGUUAUCGCUAGCAUAUUUCAUUGGAAAUGCCGUUUCCUGGCGCACCUUGGCUCUAAUUGGAGCCAUUCCAAGCCUAGUGCAGGUUUUCGGCAUAUUCUUCAUUCCAGAGUCUCCUAGAUGGCUGGCAAAAAAUGGUCAGGAGAAAGAGUUAGAGGCUGCUCUACAAUGCCUUCGGGGGAAGCACGCCGAUAUUGCUCAAGAAGCUGCUGAAAUCCAAGAUUAUACAGAAGCCUUCGAGCAGCAGUCUGAUGGUAGAAUACUCAACUUGUUCCAACGAAAAUAUGCUCAUGCUCUCAUUGUUGGAGUGGGGUUGAUGUUACUGCUGCAAUUUGGAGGGACAAAUGGGAUUGCCUUUUAUUCAAGUGAAAUUUUUUAUUCUGCCGGUUGCUCAGAAAGUGUUGGAACUACUGCAAUGGCUAUUAUUCAGAUUCCAGCGACAGUGGUGGGCAUACUCUUACUGGAUAAAUCUGGAAGACGGCCUCUUCUAAUGAUUUCUGCAGCUGGAAUGUGCUUGGCAUGUUUCCUUGUAGGACUGUCAUUCCUUAUGCAGGACCUUCAUCACUGGAAGCACUUAACUCCUCAAUUUGUGCUUAUUGGCAUCCUGGCAUACUCUGCAGCUUUCUCAAUUGGCAUGGGGGGAAUACCAUGGGUUUUGAUGUCAGAGAUAUUUCCUGUGAAUGUGAAAGGCUCGGCUGGAAGCAUCGUCACUUUUGUAAACUGGUCUUGUUCUUGGGUUGUUUCUUAUACUUUCAACUUCUUAUUUGAAUGGAGUUCAGCAGGAACAUUCUUUAUAUUCUCGGCCAUCUGCUCAUUCACAGUCCUAUUCGUUGCUAAGCUAGUACCAGAGACAAAGGGACGGACUCUAGAGGAAAUACAAGCUUCAAUAACCAAUUUUAGGUACUAAGAGAAACUUGCAUGCUGCAAGUACUGCCAUGGGUGUUAAAAGUAAGAUGCAGGAUAUAUGCUCCAACGUCACACAUCAAAGAGAACUAUAACAUAUUUUGAACUGCUCGAAAGGUUUAAUUCUAUUCAAUUUUUUGUGCAAGCAUUUGCCAUCUGUAAAACUCAAUCUGUCCUUUUGUCAUGUGCGCCUUGUUGGACAUUGUUUUAUUUGGCAUGAAGUUGAUCUUGUUUUUGAUUGGAAUA